AACUCGAUAUAACUCGAUUCUGCGCAGUCCGUGCCUGGUCCGGAAAAGACCCUUUAGACUUUCUUCGUCGAUCGUGUGGGACGACAGAGGUUCUGUAGUCACGUAUCGCAGAAAUGCCGCCGAAAAGAGGGAAAGUACAGAAGGAGGAGGUGCAGGUUUCCCUCGGACCUCAACUUCGCGAAGGUGAAGUGGUUUUCGGAGUAGCUCACAUUUUCGCGAGUUUCAAUGACACCUUCGUGCAUGUCACCGAUUUAUCGGGAAGAGAAACGAUCGCUAGAGUCACUGGUGGCAUGAAAGUUAAGGCGGACCGCGAUGAAGCUUCGCCUUACGCUGCUAUGCUUGCGGCUCAAGAUGUUGCAGAGAAAUGCAAAAGCUUAGGGAUCACUGCCCUGCAUAUUAAAUUGCGAGCGACGGGAGGCAACAAAACGAAGACACCUGGACCAGGUGCGCAGUCUGCUCUGCGAGCUUUGGCCCGUUCGAGCAUGAAGAUUGGGCGUAUCGAGGAUGUUACUCCGAUUCCGUCAGAUUCCACGCGCAGAAAGGGAGGUCGUCGUGGACGCAGGCUAUAAAUUAUUAUGCCUUU